AUGGUUAAGACAAUUGCUGUUCCAGACGCCUGGGAGGACGACUGGGAGGCCCAAGCAGACAGGGCCGCCACAGAACCACCAGCUCCAGAACCAGCCCCGGCGCCCCUGAGCAAGAAAGAACGUAUUGCACGACACGCCGAGCUGAACAGGAAGAUAUGGCAGGCCGCCGAGGAACCAGAUAACGGCGCUCCACUUCAGUACCUCUCCCAACAGCCUGCCCCGCCUCUGGCACAACAAUUCAAGGCGCCCAUGACCCUUUUGUCUCGCAAGCCCGUGCUCGCCAAGCGAAAUCCUGUCACGGGCGGAAUGGCCAGCAUGACGUUAGAUGACAGCGACGACGAGGACAAGAAGCCCCAGGAGACAAUAGAGGAGAUCCGCGCGCGACAGCAGCGCGAGCGCGAAGAGAGGCAGAGGCGGUACGAUGAAGCCAGAGCCAAGAUCUUUGGCGACAGCGGUGCGGCCAGCGGCAACUCGAAGCCAGGCAGUGGGCGGAACUCGGGAACCUCAACGCCUGGGACAACGACGCCGCCCCGGCCUGGCGGUGAGCGACGAGGUAGAGGCCGAGGUCGCGGGGGCCAUAGGGGUGGCGACCGCAACAGCCGUCCCCACGACCGUGGGGAGUCGGGGGAUUACCAAAGGCUCAAGGAGAACACCCACCAAGGUGGUGCAAGCCUCCAGAAGCCCAGUCAGAACAUUCACCAAGGAGGCGCGAGUUUGCGGGACGAGGUCCGGGAGAAGCAGCUCUACGACCCCGACUUUUCUUCCAAACCUGGAUUCAGCUUCGAAAAAAGAAGUGCUCCAUCCACACCUGGCCGAUCCACACCACGAAACGAUGAGCAAGUCAUCCGAGCACCACGUGGCCCUGACGGGAGUGGGCGUGGGGGGUUCGGCUUUGUCAAGAGAGGCGCAAGGGAGAGUUGA